GCGCGGGGUCCCCCGCGCCGCAUCCGGUGCGCUCCGCUCCGCUCGGCCGGCGGCGGCGGCGGCGGCGGCAUGUCCGGCCGGCAGACGUGCCCGGGCUGCGGCUCCACUGACCUGGUGCAGGACGCGCUGUACGCGCAGAGCCAGCUGGUGUGCACCGCCUGCGGCCGCGUCCUCGCCGAGGGGCUGCUCACCACCACCUUCGCUGAGGAGCAGCAGCUGCAAGAGGUGACAUACUCAUGGAGCACGGGCCAGAAGGAGCAGCUGAGCCGCUGUGAACAGCGAGGGAUCAAGCGUGUCCAGGAUCUGUGCAAAGUCCUCCAGCUCCCACCUGUGUUUGAAGAGACAGCUGUGUCUUAUUUCCAGCGUGCAAUCAAGCACCCCUCUUUCCACUUAGUCAGCUUGGAGAAGAAGGAGGUUCUGGUGGGUUGCUGCGUCUGUGUGACCUGCCGGCAGCACAACUGGCCUGUGACCAUGGGAACGAUUUGCUCCCUGCUGUAUGCGGACAAGGAACUGUUUACCAGUGUGUACCUGCAUGUCUUGAAGGAGCUGGAGCUGGAUGUGCCUGCCCUGAGCCUGAUGGAUCUGGUGAAAACGCAUCUCAAUGGCUUCAAGCUAUUCCAGAGUUCGACCACGGUCCCUGCCAAAUUUAUUGAGGACAAGGAGAAGAUGGUGACACGAACGAUCCAGCUGGUGGAGCUGGCCAGCAAGACAUGGCUGGUGACGGGCCGACACCCCAUCCCGAUUGUCACAGCAGCAGCCUACCUUGCAUGGCAGUCACUGCAGCCUGGUGGCCGCCUGACCUGCACCUUCUCUCGCUUCUGCAAGCUGGCAGACACGGACCUCCCUCCGCCGGCCCACUUGAGACUGAAGGAACUUCAAGAAAUACUCCUUAGAAUGGCCUCCCAGCUGGCCUGGCUGCGGGUGCUCCGCGUGGACAAGAAGACGGUGGUCAAGCACAUCGGGGACCUGCUUCAGCACAGGUCCUUCCUGCUGAGAUGCUCCUUCAGGGCAGGAGAUGCAGAGGACGGGGGUGAGGAAGCUGAGGGGGCUAGUGCGAGCAGCAGCCUGCAGGCGGUGGAGAGUGCAGGGCAGCCUGAGGGCCAUUCCACAGCUGGGACCGGCCGCAGCACGCAGACACCUCUGCUUCCACCAUGCCUCCUGCAUCCCAAGAAGAGACCCCGAGCAGCCAGCCCGGACCCUUCAGCCCCUGAUGUCACCGGAGACGAGCCCAUUCCAGAUAGCGAGAUAGAGCAGUACUUACGGAGCCAGGAGGAAAUAGAUGCACUGAGUCAGGCACGGGCCUGGCAGUGAACCCACAUGCCUGCCUCAGGCCUGCCGCACCCCAACACUUCCAGCCAGAGCGUAGCCCUGUCCCUGGAGCUGUCCUGGGCAUGUGAGACCCCUUCUCUUCCAGGGGAAGGGAAGCAGUGGGUCUCAGAUGAGCUGUGCUGUGCCAGCCAUUGCGGGGCACUGACAUGUCCUCCCGCUUGUCAGGCUGGGCCAGAAUGGAAUCCCAAAGAGGUGCUGGGGAAGGCUGGGGGGGCACUUGGGGGAGCUCCUGGUAGGAGCAGUGACCACAGCCUCCAAGGAGGCUCUCAGACUUGUUUCCUGACAUCCCCCAGUGAGCACAGCAUUGCUGAAGCCCAGCUGCUCUUCUCCUUCAGGGUAUGAACACAGCUCUUACACACUAGGGACUUGCCCAUGGCUGAGUCCUCCGUGGUGGUGGGUCUGGGCAUAGCUGAGAGCUCUUUUGGUUCUGUUGGCCAGUGAUCCAGCCCAGCUCAAUAAACACGUGAUGCUGA